CAAACUAGCUACCACCAUUUCCUUCUAAAAUUGUGCUCAAGUAGAUCACUUUUUCCCAUUCUUGUGUGGCUUCCUUUCCCAAUUAAUCUGCGUCAUGGAUCCCACCAACGAUCCCAACUUUUUACCUCCAUCUUUAAACAGAGACAUUGAGCCCACGGCUCCCUCCUCGCAGAUUCCCAACAAUAUGCCAAUACAGCCCUUUGUAUUGGCCGACUUGGGAAAUGCCAUGGAUGCCCCUCCUCCCCACCCUUCGACCACAAAGAAAGACGAUUCGGUUGAUGAGAGCCUAAACAAGGGAGAGUACCACUCGAAAAUCCCCCGGAUCCACUCGGACCUCGUGGACACUUCCUCCGACGAAGACAUCUUGGGGGGCCGCAACAAGCCCAAACCUGUGGACAAACCAAUAUUACCCCCAACAGUGGAAGUUAAGUCGUCCCAAAUCGCUGACCUCGAAGAGGUGCCUCAUGGGGUUCAAAGACAGGCCAAGACCUUAGACAAGUACCAAUUCCCGACUCACAGAUUGGCCACUACUUUGCUGGACGACUCCAAGUACCCAUUGGUAAUUGUGGCUUGUGGCUCAUUCUCCCCAAUCACCUACUUACAUUUGAGAAUGUUCGAGAUGGCGUUGGAUGCAAUUACUGAGCAGACUCGUUUUGAAGUGAUUGGGGGCUUUUACUCGCCUGUUUCCUCCAAUUACGAAAAACAAGGAUUGGCUCCAGCUCACCACCGGGUGAGGAUGUGCGAAUUGGCAUGUGAACGUACGUCGUCAUGGUUGAUGGUUGACGCUUGGGAAUCAUUGCAACCAAAAUACACCAGAACUGCUUUGGUAUUGGACCACUUUAAUGAAGAAAUAAAUAUUAAGAGAGGAGGGAUUAUGACCAAGUCAGGUGAGAAGAGAGGCGUCAAAAUCAUGUUGCUUGCCGGUGGUGACUUAAUCGAGUCGAUGGGCGAACCAGAUGUCUGGGCCGACCAAGAUUUACACCACAUCUUGGGCAAGUACGGCUGUCUAAUCGUGGAAAGAACGGGAUCUGACGUUAGAAGUUUCCUUUUGAGUCAUGACAUAAUGUACGAGCAUAGAAGAAAUGUGUUGGUGAUCAAACAAUUGAUAUACAAUGAUAUUUCCUCCACGAAGAUUCGGUUGUUCAUCAGAAGAGGAAUGUCAGUACAGUACUUGUUGCCCAACUCAGUGAUAAGGUACAUCCAACAGAACAAGCUUUACUACGACUCUGAGCCUGUGAAACAGGUGAUGUCUGAAAAGGCCGAUUAGAUUUACUCCUUUAAUAUAGAUUGUUGUUGGUUGAAUCGAACUGUGGAUUGAUUUUAGGCUAACUUGUUUUUUCAUUCUCUAGCCACUGCCGUGGUCAGUGACACUAUGUGUAUUAAUUAUCUUUUGAUAAAAUGGUUCAUUUAGAAUUCGUUUCCUUAAUUUAUUCAUAAUCAGCGAAUUGUAGAAAUUUAUUCCUUCCUUUUUAUUCUUUCCCUUCUCUUACUUGAUUGAAUGUGACAGAAUUUCAGGUCUCAGAAACGGGAGACCGACACUCUAUAAAAUCAGAGGCCCUGUAAUGAAAAAUACUUCUUGAUCUCAAAUAUGAUUCCUACAACUCAG